AAAACUGUAAUACUAUAAUGGCAGUUUUCAUCAUGUUCAUAUACUAAUAUUUUGGAGUAUAAUUUUCAAAAUUUACAAUUCAUCAGAUGGAGGGCUCACAGAUGCUCAUGCUGCUCCUACUCUGCGCCAUGGGUCAGGGGGUUCGCAGUGAUUGUCUGAUAUCGCGGUAUAUGGUGGAGGGAACGAAUCGCAUAUUCACCUAUCGCGAUGCCAGCGGAGCCCUAAAAUUGCAGCGAACGGAAACUGUGCCCGCUGGUGUGUCCCUUUGGAUGUUCUGCAAUCUCGCUGACAGGGUGGAGACUCAGUGUCAGGACAAUGGAACGUUCUCUGUCGCUUUGCCCAUGACAUGCAAGGAUCCGAUGCGGCCAGAUGUGACGCGAAUCAGGGACCAGGAGUGUUCUGCGACCAUGUAUGCUGUGGGAUAUAACAUCGAAGGGCAACAGUUGGAGCUCUAUCGGACGUGCUUUGAUGCCAGCAAUGCGCGGGUCCUGUACUCGCAGAGCGAUGUCUACUAUAAGUCCUUCUAUCCCAAGCGACCGUGGAUGGAGUUUGCGUUGAACGAGCUGUUCAGCCCCGUGGAGGCGGCUGCCUUCUUGAAAUCCAACAUCUUCCACACCUUCAACUGCAUCUACGGGGAUGGACAGACCUACUUGAGGAGUGCUCGGGACCUGGUGAUCAAUCGCGGGCAUCUGGUGGCGUCGGCGGACUUCCUCUUUCUGGACCAGAUGGGCAGCACCUUCCGCUACCUGAACGUUGUGCCCCAGUUCAAGUCAAUCAACGAUGGCAACUGGGAGAAGAUCGAGCGUUGGGUGCGCAGCAUAGUCCCCCCAUCGACUCCGUUUCGGGUAAAGUCGGGGGGCAUCGGCACGCUGAUGUUGCCAGACAGAAGUGGCGUGUUCCAGCAGGCCUUCCUGUCCGGCUCGAAGAUUCCAGUUCCCGAGUGGACCUACAAGGUGGUGCGAGAUGUCAGUGGCAGAGGGCUCUACGUUUUCCUCACCUACAACUGUACGUUCCAGCGUGAGAGGCCGCAGGUUCUGGAUAUUUGCAAGCCCGUCAGCUGCCCCUUGAGCCUUCCAAACACGCCCCACGAUGGCUUCACCUACUGCUGUGAUCCAACUGAGUUUCCCCUCUAACCAUAAAUAUUUCAUUGGCCUGGGUAUUUGGGCGGGCCUUACGAAAUGAAAUUAUCCUACGCAAUAAUCGUCGCCUGAAUAAUUUAAUAUUUUCUAUUUAAUAAACGAAAAUUGCAAAAGUCGAGCACU